AUGGGAAAUUAUUGUCAUUCUGAGGAGUCUCCAAAUUCAGAAUAACAAAUUAUUAGAAAGUAAUAAAAAGGAAGACAAGUUUACAAGAAUUUAAUCUAGACUAAUCGAUAAUUUUUGGAUUAGUGUAAAGACUUAAAUUUCUAAUAAUUUCACAAAGUAUAGUAAUAAUUCUUAAUUAGAAUGUAGUUGAAAGAGAUCUACACUCACUUUCUAAAUAUAUGAACUAAAAAAUGCUUGAUAUCUCUAUCGUAGGCUCUUAUCCAACAGAGGAGGAAAAAUAAAUUAUAUCGAAGAAUAUUAUUAAAGAUAUUGGGUAAAAAGAAAAACAUCUUUACAAUUAACUAAUCUUUCAUUACAAUUAGUUUCUAAUUGAACUCUUUGAGUUGGAUUCAAAUUAAUAAUUAUAAACCAUUUCAACCUAUAAUGUAGGGGAUUUGCGAUUAAACGCUCUCUUAAUUAGAAAUACAAUUCUCAAGCGAAGUUUAUCUGACAAUCAUAAAUUUUAAGAAGCAUUAGUUUCAAAUAACAAUAUAUCUAAUGAUUCAACUAUCGAUUCUAAAAUUUAUAGAUAAUUUCAGGAAAAUAAAUCACUGGCUAGCAUUUUCUUGGAUCAAUUAAGCUGUAUUUUUAAAUUAUGUUACUUAAUACUUGAAUAUGUCUAUUAAAAUUAUAUAAUUUCAAUCUUUGGAAAUUAAAUUGAUUCAUUUACAGAUCGCUAUUUAUUGAUAUCAAAAAUAUACUAAAAAAAUAUCUUUAAGAUAAAUCCUUAAAUUUAAUAAUUGAUAACUUCAGCACUUCAGAUAAAAUAUGAAAAUAAAUCAAGUUUGGUCAAAUCUGAACAUAUGUCUCCAGCUAUUUUAAAGUCUUAUUUAAUUCCAUAAAAUUCUGAUAGUGUUUUGAGUUAUGAAUCUGGAACUGAAUUAUUAACUACUUCAAUUGACAAAAAUUUUAAGCAUUAAUUAUAAGAAUAGAAUAUAGAAAAUAGUUAGAAAAUUAAAAAUUUUUAUUACUAUUAGACUUUUUCUACAAUAGAUAAGAUAAUUAGUUGUAAAAUGCCUUGGUUGAAAUUUUAUCUAAUUGGAUAGCUAGAUCAAUAAAUUGUAGAUAUUUUCUUAUCUGCUCGCUCUUAAAGUCAAAUAGCUCAUUUUAUUGAUGUAAUUAAACCUGAAGAUUCAAAAGUUGAAGUCUUGCUUUAUAUUCUUUAAAAAUAUAUGUCUGCAAAGAAAAAUAACAAUUUAUCAUUAUGUUAUUAUGAAUUAAGAUGGAUGUAAGAAGAUGAUAAUGUUCUACAUCUAAAAGUAAAAACUAUAACUUGCCCAUAUUUCAGUAGAUUUUUAUCCUUAUAUGAAAUAGCUUAUAAAAAUUACCAAAGAAAAUAAGCUCAACUUUUAUAUAAUUGA